ACAUUACAUCAUGUUUGAAAGUGAGAGUGAAAGGUGUUUGUGGGUGUGGGAGUGCUGUAUGUGAACUGUCCUGGUGUUAAUGUUGGAUGUAGAAGUUUAAAGGCCGACAGAUACCGUUGCUCUGACUCCCUCUUAUGGCAAUCAGACACCCAGCUAGGAAUACAUUUUGCCACUAGAUGGGGCGCUUUGCACAGAGCAAAAAUGCCAUAGUGUUAGAAUUGGGGUUACUUUUGGGUUUAGGCAUUACUGGUGAGGUUUAGGCAUUAGAGGUACGUUUAGAGGAAAUGGUUAGAUUAUUGAUGUUAGGGUAGGUUUUGAAUUAUAGUAGGGUUCUAACAGUACCUACAACCUGGCACCAGGUUUGAUUAUUGAGGUCAAAUUUAGUUUAGGUUUAGGUUAAGGUUGGGGUUAGCAUAAAGGUUAGGGGAUAAUGAGCAGGGAUAUUUCUGUUUGUGUGACAACCUCCACAUUUCACUUUAAUUUUACUUGUCGGUCAGUCUUUCCGUGCUUAUAGGGAAUAGGGCGAUAAGCUACUCAAGUCUAUAGGUGUUUUAUUUUGAAGAGAUUUUCCAUGCACAAUAUUCUGGAUUUUCUAUUCCCUUCCCUGUUCUUCCACGAUCCCAUGCGCGAGAUGAACAAUGACGUCAACGUAGCGGGUGUAACUCCAGCACAACUUUUCAAACAGGUUGUAUUUGCAUUCAACUUGACAACAGCUAGCAAACCGCGGAGGCGAGAUGACAUGGAGCUGACCGCUUAAGAUAAUUAUCAAGCUUAUAGAAUAAGUUCAAUAUCUGAAAUGGAUCACUGAUUAUUAAUUACCUUUUAUUUUUACAAGAAGAAUUGUUUCCUAAAGCUGGCACUCGAUGUCCAGAACGGUGAUUCUCCAACUGACCAUCUACAUGGACUCAAUUCGGCAACUGGAAAUUGGGAACUAGGUUAUUUUGGACGUUUCCUGAUUUUAAUGCCACUGGAAGAAAAUAACGUUUAUACGUCGUGUUUCAUUGGGAUAGUCUGUCAAGUUAGUUCGAAAACUGUCUAAUGACAAAUGCCUGUAUCAUCACCAUGACAAAGUGUGGAUUCCAGCAUGAACUACCGCAAUGGACUGAUUAUAUUGUUUCCUAAUUGUUUUUAUUGAGAAUAGUGCAUUUCUGUUCUUUCAAGAGGCACUUUGACAUUAUAAUAUAGACCUGGACUGCAUGUGAACAAAGUCAUGAUGAUUUCGGAGGAACGAAGUAGUCAUGCAUCUAAGCAAGCCCUCCACUUUCCCGUGGGCUUAUUGAUCCGCUCGCCGAAAAAAGGUCUAGCAAAGCUGGGGAGGAAGCCAAGCAAUGGAUCCCUGCAGUCCAACACCUCGGAAGGCACCACCCAUUCAGCCGAGAGUACAGGCGUGAGGCAGCCGGCCAAGAACAAAAUCCGCCGGCACAACAACAGACUGUCGACGGUGUUUAACCGAAGCCCCCUCCUGCAGGGGAACAGUGGGCCGGGUCAUGCCUCGGGUGGGAGGGGCGUAGCGGGAGACGCGCAGGCCACAGACGAUCCCGCCGAGCUGUCCAGUCAGAUGUCUGCCCCGGGCAUCCUGAAGAUAUUUGGCAGUGACAUCUGCCAGGGGACCAACUACAAGAGCGUGCUGGCCACGACUCGCUCCAGCGCCAAGGAACUCGUCAAAGAGGCCCUGGAGAGAUACUGUCUGGAGAAAGAGGAUCCCAAUCAAUACGUGCUGUGCGACGUGAUUGGCCAGACGGGAGCAGACCACCAAUGGAAGACGGAGUGCUUCCGGGUCGUGAGCGAACACGAGAAACCCCUCAUGUUGCAGUCGCUAUGGAAACCCAAAGAAGGCUUCUCCAGACGCUUUGAGAUCCAGAAGCGAGCGACCGUGGAGGAGCGGAGCGCGAAGGAUACCGACAACAUCACGGCAGGUAUCAACGCUCAGGCUCGUAAGCUCCAGACGGGCCGUUUGCGGGUCACCUCUCUGUUUGUGGACGGCAGUGGCGAGGACGCAGAUCCCGUGGCCGUGUGGAGGAGCCUCAGUGAGAUGGACCUGUCCGCCAUGGAGAAGGACGCCCUGCGAGCCCAGCAGCAGGCCAAGCUCAUCAGGGAGGACCCGGAGGCUGAAGCUGACAAGGAGGCCUUGCGUCUGGGCAUGGAGAAGGAAGAGACGGAGAGCAGCGACGACAACACCACCCAGUACUCCAUCCACCCGCCCUUUGACUUCCCCUACUUCCUGUUAUUACAGGGCUACAGUUACAGACAGGACUUUGUGAUCUACUUGAUGAGCGGUACCAGCACCGUCUUCGGCUGCUGCCGGGAGCACUGCACUGGAGAGGACGAGGAGAGGCUCAAGGUGGACAUCCUCCUCUUCGCCCCGGACGUCCUUCCCCGGCACUGCUGUGUCCGGCGCCUGGACUCUAGCAGCUCCCCCCUGGGGGAGGCUAAGCGGACGCUCACCCUGCUGAAGCCCCUCCACGGCGCUCCUGUCACCAGGAAUGGUUCCCCCCUGAACGAGGAGGUGGAGCUGAGCCCCGGGGACCUGGUGGGUCUGGGCCAACACUACCUGUUCAUGUUUAAGGACCCCACCGCCGUCCCAGGGGCCCAACAGACUCCUACCUGGAUCAAACAACUCUGUUCCGGAGUAGUGGGAGUGUCUUCCUCUUGUCAAUCAUGUGGCUCCUCCCUAAGAAAGAAAUGGCCUCGGCACAAUAGGAAGCACAUUCCUGCCCGGUGGAAGGACCCAGAGGGUGGGGAGGUGUCUGUGAGCUAUGAGCUUGAGCAUGAGGACAGGAUCCUGGAGGAGGUUCUGGUCAUGGUGGAUCCCAAUGGGGAAGAGGCUAAACUGACCCCUGCAUUCCUGCUGAGCCUGUGCGUCCAACACUCGGCCGACAGCUUUGAACUGCCGAACUUCCGGAAGUUGCUGCUCCAUAUAGCGAGUCAGAUCCAGCUUACCAUGUGGGAGAAGACAAAGGAGCUUGCUGCAAUCCAGACAGAAAUGAGCCCCAGUGACGUUCAGCAGGAGCCAAAGGAGGUGCAGCAGCGAAUCAUGGAGGAGCUGAUCCCAGGCCUGCGACCCCUGGUGAUGUGGAUGGCCAACUCCAUUGAGCUGCUGCACUUCAUUCAGCACGACGUCCCCUUGCUUCUGGCGUGGAGGCAGGGGGAGGAGGAGAAGGAGGAGCUAUCAUCCACCAGGGCUGCCUGUGAGGAGGCCAUGACAGUACUGGAGGAGGUCAUCAUGUUCACCUUCCAGCAGUCUGUCUAUUACCUCACCAAGAGUAUGUACACGGCGCUGCCCGGCCUGAUGGAUGGGAAUCCAUUCUGCGAGAGCGGGCAGCUUCGUGUGCCAGAGGGCGUAUGCGGUAUCCUGGAGGUCCUGAAGGAGGCGCUGUCUCUGCUCAACACCUUCCAGGUGCAUGCCGAGAUCAGCUCGCAGCUCUGUGCCUACCUGUUCUUCUUCACCAACGCGUCCCUCUUCAAUGCACUCAUGGAGAAAGGCUCAGGAGGCGGGUUCUACCAGUGGUCUAAAGGGGUGCAGAUCCGCGCCAACCUGGACCUUCUGUUGGAUUGGAUACAAGGGAUGGGCAUGGGGGACCUGGCUAUGGAAUUCUUCCAGAAGCUGUCUGCUGCUGUCAAUCUGCUGGCCACGCCCAAGGAAAACCUCCUACAGGCGUCUUGGAGCUCUCUGAGGAGUGAGUUCAUGUCUCUUAACCCAGCCCAGCUGCACCACAUGCUGCGGGAGUACAACGCUGGCCGGGCCUGUCCCGCAGCCUGGAAGCCCUCCCCCGACGAGGCAGACGCCGCGCUGAGGACCACUGACAUCCUGGAGAGCUUCGACAACCACCCACCCCUUAUCCUACCUAGCAACAACUUCCACCUGGAGUUGGGUAAACCAAUCACGGAGCCUGUUCUGUUUGAGCAGCUCGCCCGCCUGCAGGAGUUUGUUCGCGGUCUCCCCGACAGUCAAACGGCCGAGCAGGUGCUCGACGGGACCCCUGCGGACGUCCAGCCUGCGACCCCGCCCUCUGCCGCGGAGGUGGUCCCUCGCCCAGGCCCCCGACCCUGGCUCGGGGGAGACGAGGACUCCGGGGGCACGGCGGCGUCCCCUCAUGGCCGGGGUUCUCACGGAGACCUGAGCUGCUUUCGGGCGGAGGCACAGCUGAACCACAAGCUGAAGAGCCUGGAGCUGCAGAACGCCCUACCAGGGAGUGGCCAGGCUGACCUGGGGUGCCACAAGAGCCUGGCCCUGGACCCCUCCUGCCUGCUGACGCCGCCCAACACCCCGCAGGGCACGGAGCUGUCCCAGUCCGAGCUGGAGGCUGACCUGCAGAAGGGAGAAGUGGGUCAGCACGGGAAAGGCCGCUGCCCAGCAGGAUGUUCUGAGGGGACCGAGAACCUGGAGGAAGAGGAAGAGAGGGAGGAAGUGUUUACUGUGGAGCUGCACAGAGGACCUCACGGCCUAGGCCUGGCACUGGUGGAUGGAAUGAAAACCCCUCUGAAGAUGACCGGCAUCUACAUCAAAUCCGUGGUGCCGGACUCCCCCGCCGCCCAGUGUCUGAAGCUGAGACCGGGAGACCGUAUCCUGGCUGUGAAUGGCGUCAGCGUGGUGGGCAUGGAAUACCACAUUGGCAGAGAGCUCAUCCGUUCAUCUGGAAAUGCACUCAGAUUUCUGGUGGCUAAAAUCGAUGACAAACCAACAGGCAGGAGCUCAGUGACCAAGUGCUGAGUGGAAGAAAAGUUUUCCCGAAGGCUUCCCAAAGUGACCUUUGACCCGUAAGAGAGGGCGCCACCUCCUCUAUAUAUCCCAACAAGGACUUGCAUCAUCUGUCAGCACUUCAAACAAGGAGUUCCUCAACCAAAGGAAAAGACGACAUUUGACCGUUUAUUUAAAAACAUCUCCCCUGUGUUAUUUUAAAUAAAUCUUUACUGUACGUAGAUUAUAUGAGGUGAACACUUAAAGCAGGUUGAAACUGCUAGACUGAAUCCGCUGAUGUUCAAGUCCUCUCUGAAACACCAUUUUGAAUGAAAGCAAAUUCAAAACCAAACACUACCUAUCUACCCCUGUGUAUCAACAUAAUGGUCCUGACAGCUUUGGAAACAGUUUCUGUUUCUUGCCUUUCUUGUUCGCAUUUGAAUAAUUCUUUAUGAUGAGCUGGCCUUUGUACCUUGAAAACACACUGUGGUUUUGUGAGAGUUGAAAAUAACUUUGGUAAGCCAGCUGUUGUAGCGCAAUUGCGCUGCUAUACAUCUGCGUCUUCAAGGCCACAAGGUUUUGGCUGCAAACUCUUGCACAGCUCUACAAGAGGAAAUCAAACACUAAAAUCCAAAGGAACAUUGAAUAUGCAUAUAUUUGGUAAACAAUUUGUAAAAACUAUGAACAAUUCUUAUGCCAUAGCAGCAGUAAAAAAGAAAUUGUUUACUGAAUAAUAUUUUAAAGCAUGACAAUACAGUAAGAGGUUGCCAUGGAUUCUAUGUUUAUCUAUGAGGCAUUUCAGUGGAGCUCAAUGACUGUCUAGUGUAAAUGCAUGGGUAUCAAAGCCUUAUUUCUAAACACUCAUUUGACCUUUUCCAUGUGGUGGCAAUGACAGUAUAACAAACAAUGGUUUAUGAAGAUAAAUUACACUAUAUGACCGUUUUAAGUCAACUUUGGUUAAAUUACAAUUGUUCUUUCUUGCAUUUGUUGCCAGCAUAUCAGUGUUAAAUAGUUGCGGUCAAUUCCAUUUAGAUUCCAGUCAGUUCACAAAGUGAACCAGACUCCAAAUGUAACUUUUUCCAUGUUAAACAGAUGUUUAAUGUUAGUGCACUUCUUCCUGAAUUAAAUAUAGUUUAAAUGGAA